AUGAAUAUGUCUAUAGUCUUUAUACUCGUAGGCUUAAUUGAUACUGUAUAUUCAUCUUGGCGAUUAAUAUAUCUUUACUUAUAUAAUGAUGAGAAAUUUACUUAUUACAAUGGGCCAACUGCAGAAUAGUAUUCAGGAAACUUUUUAUUACCAUCAACUUAAACAACAGCUAAUUUUAUAACUUGCGCAACACCUCCAACAAGCUACAUAACUCUAAGUAGCGCAUCUCCAUCAGCUUAAAAUAAGGAUAAUCGAUUACUUAGUAAAUAUUGUUAUUUAACUGUGGAUUUAUAUUUUCAAGGUACAUGGACGUCCGAAACAGUAACUAUUUAAUUUAGCUCCUUUUCAUAUACAUAUAAUUACAUCCCUCCUCCCAAUUAUCAAGUGUCAAAUGGAUUUUGUGAUAAUAUUCCUUAUGAUAUAAGAACACUUAAUUUUGCAUUUUAAUUGCCUAGUCCAGUUUACGGAAAUCUAUAGUUUACAUCAUCAAACACAAAUGAUGGGUAAGUUUCGAUCAGAAAUAUUCACAUUACUGACCCAAAUUUAUGUUAUUAUAUAUGCGAAACAUGUACAGCUGAUAAUUACAAAUGUGUAAGUUGCUAUUAUGGAUCGCCAACAAACUCUGUUUGUCCGCCUUGCCCAUCCAAUUAAUAUUUUGAGAAAAAAUAUGGAUGUAGAAACACCUGUGAUAUUUAUUAACAAUUAUAUUCUAAUGGAUUUUGCAAUAAUUAUCCUGUUUAAACAUAUUCCAACGUUCUGAUAUCAACUAUUAAAAAUGAAUGGUCUAUUAUAUAUGAUCCAUAACAUUUAGAUACAUCUCCAACCAUUCUGGGUUCUGGGAUAUACGGAAUAUUUAAAUUUAAUUCUGGCAUCUAUAAAUUUUAUUAUUCUAAUUUAGCUGUUCCUUAUUAAAUUGGAUUGAAAAUAUCAGUUGUAACAUAUAAUGAUAUUCCGAUAAAUUGUGGAAUAUCGUUUAUGAUUAAUAAUAAUGUUAUUGGCAUUAUUUACAGAAAUGAAUCAGGAUAUUAAACACAUAAUUUCAUAAUCUAUGAAACAAAUAGCCUUCCUUUAUCAUUAGGUUAUACCUCAAUUUAAAAAUUUCAUCUAAUUGUAUAUGCUGGCAUUUCUAGUUUUCCAAUUCUAUUUUCAGCUCGAGGAAAUUAUAAUGAUGAAACAGCAGGAUGGGGUUUGGAAUAUGUUUACAUAGUUGAAGCAUUAUGUCCUUAAUACUGCUAAUUGUGCGAGGUAUCAUUCAAAUGCAAGAUUUGCAAAAGUGGAUACUUUCAAUACAAGAAUAAUACUUGCAUUGCCAACUGCGAUUAACCAUAUCAAAAAUUAGAUGGUUCUUACUGUUAUGAUUUUGAUGAUGAAACGCCUUACUCUUAAUAUUAAACUUAUGAUUUUGUAAAUAAUACUUUUGAUCCUGAUUACAAAACAGGGUAUACACUAAUCUCUUAAACUGGGACGAAUUUUAUGAAAGGAUCAGAUAUCUAUUAUUCAUAUUUCAAUACACUGAGAAUCUUUGGAGGACCUUUCACAUGGGCACAGGCUAAAUUUUAAAGGAUUCAUAAUAUAGUUGAACCGCAUUACAGUAUUACAAUCGCUUUUUAUAUACUUUAUGGUCCAGCAUUCCCUUCGGAUGGAUAAUUUAUAUAUACUAUUGAAAAUAAACCACCAAUUUAUAAAUCAGCUAACAGCUUUUAAGGUUUAAAUAAUUAUGGUGGAAAAUUCGACAAAGUAUAUGAAAGGAUAGAUCACUAUGCAAAUACAUUGACAAUAAGUUGGGAAUGUUUUGGUCCAAACAAUGAACCAGUUAACGCUUAUUGUGGAUUUUAUUAUUACUACGUAACCAUCCAUAAAUGCUAGCCAUAUUGUUCAUCAUGCUAAGAUCUAAAUACCUGUAUAUAAUGGAGCCUCAAUUAUGAUCCGAAUGUGGUGAAAUUCUCUUAAGCAGAGUGCUUAAGUAAUGAAUAUUAUGAUAAAUAUACUGUUGGAUGUUUGGUUUGUCCAGCAUCUUGCUUGACGUGUACAUCUAAAAUUGAUUGUUAAACGUGUUAGCCUACUUAUAUAUAAUCUAAAUUAGGUUGUAUUUGUAAAUUGAAUUAAUGGGAAGAUUAAAAUCAGUGUGUUGAUUGUCCAAUUGAAUGUAAUUAAUGUAUAAGUCCGACCCAAUGUAUAAAUUGUUUAGUAUCAAAUAAUCGAUAGUUAAAAAAUCAAUAAUGCAUUUGUAUUGAUGGAUACUACCCAAUAUCUGGGAAUCCUAAAUGCAAAAGAUGUCAUUAAUUUUGUGACACUUGCUCUGGACCAACUUCUAACGAUUGCCUAACUUGCAAUAAUAAUAUUGCGAAUAUUGAGACUGUUGGUCAAACAUGUCAAUGCCCUACAGGUUAUUUUUAUAAAGAAGUAUCUAAAACUUGUUCUUAGUGUAAUUUUACAUGUUAAACUUGCUUUAAUGGAACAAUAGAUGGUUGUUUAUCUUGUGAUUCUAAUUUAAAUAGAAUAUUAAUAGGAUUAAAUUGUAGAUGUUUGCCUGGCUACUAUUAUUUAAAUGAAGUGUGUACAGAUUGUCCAAUUUAGGAAGUUCCGAAUUUCUGGGCAUGUUUCAAAUUUUGUCCUGGCACUCAGUAAGUAUGGCAUACAAAUACAUGUAAUUCUUGUGAUUCAGGAUUCGAACUGGUUUCUGGAUAAUGUCUACCUAUUUGUGGAGAUUAAUAAAUAAUAGGAAUAGAGUAAUGUGAAGAUAAUAAUACUACCAUGGAUGAUUUAUGUUAUAAUUGUUAAUUUCAAUGUCCAGUCCAUUGUUUAACUUGCAAUGCAUCUACUACUUUGCCUUGUCCUGAUAUUUGCGGAGAUAAGAUGGUUACAGGAAUAGAAGAGUGUGAAGAUGGAAACAAUAUAUAAUAUGAUGGAUGUUUUAAUUGCAUGUAUUCAUGCUAACCUCAAUGUACUAAGUGCAUUAAAGGAGAGUGUUUUGAAUGUUUGACUAGUGGAUGGCAGAUUGAUCCAACAGUUCAACCUUGGUAAUGUAAAGAGAUAUGUGGAGAUUUGAAAAUAGUAGGUCAAGAAUAAUGUGAAGAUGGAAAUCAGGAUGAUAAGGAUGGAUGUUAUAAUUGUAGGUAUUUCUGUAGAUAUGGGUGUUCAUCUUGUAAUUAUACGAAUAAAACUUGUUUAAAGUGUGAAUUACCAGGGUUUAUACCAGAGAAUUAUUAUUGCAAAAAUAUAUGUGGUGAUAUGUUAGUAGUAACAGAUCCAAAUGGAUUCUAUUUAGAAGAAUGUGAUGAUGGUAAUACAAUUAAUUAUGAUGGAUGCAGCGAUGUUUGUAAAUUUUAAUGUUAAAUACCAUCAAUUUGCAUCACUUGUGUAAAUAACAGAUGUGAAUUAUGCGCAAAUGGAUAUUAGCUUUCUAAUUAAAAGAUUUGUUUACCAAUUUGUGGAGAUUAGGUAAUAGUAGUUGGAGAAUCAUGCGAGAAUUCGUUUAUUUUACCCUAUAAAGGUUGUUAAAAUUGCUAAGCAAAAUGUUAAGCUACUUGUCUUACUUGCGAUAACUUUGGACUGGGUUGUCAGAUCUGUAAAGAAGGCUACUAUGUAAUUGAUAAUUUAUGUUAUUCAAUUUGUGGGGAUAAAAUAAUUACAGAAGAUGAAGAAUGUGAUGACGGCAAUUUAGUAUUUGGAGACGGAUGCCACCAAUGUUCUUAUAGUUGCCCUUAAUCUUGUUCGAUAUGUCACAAGGGAGUUUGCUUAGAGUGCUAUGAAGACUAUUAUUAUAGUAGGGAUACAUGCAUUCAAAUAAAAAAUGAACAUCAAGAUGCAAGAUGUGAUUCAAAUUGCUUAAGCUGCAGUAUCGAAGGAUAUGGCUGUUUAAUGUGUAAAAGUGGAUUCUAAAAUAUUGAUAAUAAAUGUUGGCCUGUCUGUGGAGAUGGGCUAGUACUUGCUGAAGAGGAUUGUGAUGAUGGUAAUUCAAUCUUUGGAGAUGGAUGCCAUUAAUGUUCUUAUAGUUGCCCUCUACCUUGUUCUUUAUGUAGUAAGGGAGUUUGUUAUGAUUGCUAUGAAGGCUAUUAGUAUAUUAAGAAUUCUUGUGUUAAAUUAAAAAAUGAAAUUCAAGAUGCAAGAUGUGAUUCAAACUGUUCGAGUUGCAGUAUCGAAGGACUUGGUUGUUUGGUUUGUAAGAGUGGAUUCUAAAAUGUCAGUAAUAAAUGUUAGCCCAUCUGUGGAGAUAAAUUAGUAACUGCUCAUGAGGACUGUGACGAUGGCAAUUUGACAUUUGAUGAUGGAUGCCAUCAAUGCUCUUUUAGUUGCCCUAUAUCUUGCAUAGAUUGUCAUCAGGGUGUUUGUUUAAAUUGUGGACAAGAAAAUUUUUAUUAUGAACAUUAAUGCUUUGAAUUGCUGGAGAAUGUUUAUUUGAAGGAAGAUACUAAUUUUGAAUUUGUGGAAUUAGUCAUUUCUUAAGCUUUCAUAGCAAAUCCUAGUUUAACAAGUAGAAUUCAAAUGAAGAUAUUUGACUUUUAUUAUCAAGAUUAUAGUUAGAUUGGUUAAUAUAUUGAAAUUAUGGAUUCAAGCUUUCCCUACAUAGACAUUGAAAUAUAUAUUAAAUGUUAAGAAAAUAAGAAAUUGGAGAGUCAAUUUUAUUAAUAAAAUUACUAGAAUGGCUUUGAGGAUAGUCAAAUAAUAUUCUCCUAAUCCUGUCAUAACACAUUUAAUCAUAUAAUUAAAUUUUCAUUUAGGUUAUAGAAAAUAAUAAUGAAAAAUUAAUUAUUGAUAAUAAAGAUUUCUGAAGAUCAAUUCAAAUUAUCAACAUUAUUUACCACUUUUAGACAAAAGCUUCUUGAAAUAUCAUUUAUUGACGCAUGA